AUGCUCUACACCAUGACAUGUUGGCUCCCGGUCCUGGCCCUCCACGUGGUCCUGCUGAGCCCCCCACGGGUGCCAGCCUGCCCUGCCCGCUGCGAGUGUGCCCCGCAGAUCAAGUCGGUGGUGUGUCACCGCAAGCGGCUCACCGCCAUCCCCGAGGGCAUCCCCACCGAGACCAAGAUCCUGGAGCUCAACAAGAACCGCAUCCGCUGCCUGAACCCGGGGGACCUGUCCCCGUACCCUCUGCUGGAGGAGCUGGAUUUCAGUGAGAACAUCAUCUCCAAUGUGGAGCCAGGAGCCUUCAGCAACCUGUUCAACCUGCAGACCUUGCGGUUGCGGGGGAACCAACUCAAGCUCAUCCCCCCGGGGGUCUUCACCAAGCUGACCAACCUCACCCUUUUGGACAUCAGUGAGAACAAACUUGUCAUCCUGCUGGACUACAUGUUCCAGGACCUGCGAAACCUGAAGAGCCUGGACGUGGGUGACAAUGAUCUAGUGUACAUCUCCCAACGCGCCUUCUCGGGGCUGCUGGGCCUGGAGCAGUUGACCAUUGAGAAGUGUAACCUGACCUCCAUCUCAGCUGAGUCACUCUCCUACCUCCAGAACCUGGAGGUGCUGCGGCUCCGGCACCUCAGCAUCUCUGCGCUGGAGGACCAGAACUUCAAGAAGCUUUACAACCUCCUGCAUCUGGAGAUUGACAACUGGCCACUGCUGGAAGAGGUUUCCCCCACCAGUUUCCAGGGCCUGAACCUCACCUCGCUCUCCAUCACCUACACCAACAUCACAACCGUGCCCGCUGCUGCCUUGAGGAACCUGGUGUACCUCCGGUACCUCAACCUGUCCUACAACCCCAUUAGCACUGUGCUGAAGGGCUCCUUUAAAGACCUCAUCCGGCUCCAGGAGCUCCACAUCGUGGGGGCUCUCCUGGUGUCCGUGGAGCCACAAGCUUUCUCCGGCCUGAGACAAAUCCGACUGCUCAACCUCUCCAGCAACUUCCUCUCCACGCUGGAGGAGAGCACCUUCAACACGCUGGAGACGCUGCGGGUGGACAGGAACCCCCUGGCCUGCGACUGUCGCCUCCUCUGGAUCCUGCAGCGACGGAAGACGCUCAACUUUGACGGGCAGCAGCCCGUGUGCUCCUCACCACCUGAAAUCCAGGGUGAUGCCCUGCGUGAUUUCCCGGACUCUGUGCUCUUCGAGUACUUCACCUGCCAGAAGCCCAAGAUCCGGGAUCGGAAGCUGCAGCACGUGACGGCGCGGGAAGGGCAGUCCGUGUCCUUCCUUUGCCGGGCGGACGGGGAGCCAGACCCUUCCAUCGCUUGGGUGUCCCCCCAGCAUCGCAUGAUCACCACUCGCAGCACGGGGCGGGCGACAGUGCUGCCUGGGGGCUUUGCCCAGGUGCAGGACAGCGGUACCUACAUCUGCAUCGCCAGCAACGCAGGUGGCAACGACACCUACUUCGCCACGCUGACGGUCAAGGGACGCCCAGCUGAUGGCUCCCACCACGCCAACCGGACUUUGUACCUCAGCGAGUUCAACGACACCUUCCACAACGACACCCAAGUCUUCUUGAAGUUUACGUUGGACCUCAAGACCAUCCUGGUCUCCACGGCCAUGGGUUGCAUCACUUUCCUGGGCGUGGUGCUCUUCUGCUUCCUCCUCCUCUUCGUCUGGAGCCGCGGCCGAGGGCAGCACAAGAACAACUUCUCCGUGGAGUAUUCCUUCCGCAAGGUGGACGGUCCCACCACCACCACCGGCCAAGGAGGGGCCAGGAAGUUCAACAUGAAGAUGAUCUGA